AUGGGGAAACCCAUCGAUUUCUCAACAUAUCGCUUCUACAAUAUCAUUUCCAAGACUUUUAUAGAUGACAAAAGGCUAGAUGAGGUCAUUAAGGAAUUUGAUUCAAAGCGUGUGCAUGUUGUUCGCGUGAACAAGGAGGAAAUAGUUGCCGGGUUCAUGAAACACAACUUCCGCACCGAUAAAUUCAUUUUAAAGAACGACUGCGACUACCACUUUACCGUCUCUCCCGCACCAGUCCUUAUAGUGACUCCUGCAACCAAGAAUACUCCAAAUGGGCACUACCAUGACAGUUAUUAUGGAUGGCCUCGGGGGGAUAACAAGGGAGAUAAGAAGAAUGGGAAGUAG